AUGUUUGACCAGAUGGUGAAGCUCGCAGCGCUGGCAUUUCUCCCGAUUUCGUUGGGGUGCAGCUACGUGGAGAUUCCCUAUCCAGACACUGGACGGAACUCGGCAAAGUCCUACCUCAUUCCCAGGACCAUGGAGCUUUGGGAUCUGUUCAACACCACCAAGUACAGCAUCGAAGCAUUCCCGCGAGGAAAUGGAAACAGAUUUGGCUGGCUUGCGCCUCUGAACAUCUUCCACUUUCCACCGGCCUACCAGCCCCUGAAGUUUCCUUUCGAGGGCAUGAACGAGGCGGGCCUGACGGUCUCCGCGCUCUAUCUGGCACAGUCUGUCUAUGAGCAGCCGCAGCCAGGAAAGCCGGGGUUCAGUGCCUUGGAGUUUGUCCCCGCCAUCCUCGCGAACUGCUCCACCGUCGACGAGGUCGUGGCAACGCUCGAGUCGGUGACCGUUCUGACUCCGUUCAUCCCAGGUGUCCCGGAGGAGGCGCUCAAGACGGCCACCUUGCAUUGGGCGAUUGCUGACGCUUCUGGGCGGUCAAUCGUCGUCGAAUACCUCCAAGGCCAACGGAUGAUUCAUGAGAACGCUCCGAGAGUCAUGACGAACGACCCAGACAUCAAGUGGCACUGGAGGAACUUGAACACCCGCGUCCACCUGAGCCCAAGCUAUCCGUAUCAGAAUGACAUGCUGCAAGUGAAGGCGGACGACGAUGUGGGCGUCGUCCCAUCGGCCACGGCUGGAACCUCUUCGGGCUUCCCGGGGACACGACUUCACCAAGCCGCUUCAUCCGAUUGUUCUACCUGCGCGGCUAUGCCAUGGAAGCCAGCCCCAUCAAGAGCUUCGAGGACGCGGUCGUCUUAG